AUGAGCUCAGAAACAGGCCUCCCACCAAACGUGGUGCUCUUCACCCCCCAAAAUCCCUCCUCCAUCAACAACCUCAUGACAGCAAAAACCUUCACCCGCCUCGUCACCAGCGCCAGCACAACACCCGAAAAGCUCACCUCACUCAAACAACACGCCAGCAUUAGCGAAAACUUCUGUCUGUUCCACCGUAAUGCUGUGCUUAUUUUCGAUGCGGAGGAUACGGAUGUGCAUCAUGAGCAUUUCCGCACGAUAUGUCUUGCGUUGAAGGAGUUGGAUAUCGGAUUGGACGUUGCGGGGUGUAUUAAUGAUGCCGCUGAUUCGCUUGCUGCGGGAUUUCAGCUUGAUAAGGUUAAUGAUAAGGCUGCGCUUGUUAUUGAUCUUGUGGAACAUGAUGAGGGCAGUGAUGAGGAGGAGGAGAUGUUUGUUGUCUAG